UUCCGCGCCUUAAAUGGUAAAUAAGAUAAUUGGACCGUCAACAUUGUCCAUACGAGCAAUUUUGAACCGUGAAGUCAUAAGUACAUUUAGGAAUCACAAGUGACGAAUGCGUUUCUGUAUUCAUCUCAUGAAUUUGCUCAUACAUGCUAUGGUUAAUAGAUGAUAGUGUUGUUUUUUGUUGAUUAAAUUCAAUAAUGCGUUUAGAAAUACCUGAGUGCAGGCGGUGUUGUUGUUGCUUUCCUUUAAGACAUGGAAUUAUUGUUUUUGGAUAUAUUCAUUUGUUAUUUUCAAUCUUCGUGCUGGCAGUGGAGAUUUACGUCAGUAUAAACCACGUAUCAUCCCAACACACAAUGGCGCUGUACAAGGGGGUGGCGUUCUACUCGCAAGUGUGGUUUGCGUUCAUACUCUUCAUAGCUGAGAUCCUUUUUAACAUAGUGCUACUUGUGGGAGCGCAUAUGAAAAAGACGCAACUUCUCCGAGCAUACUAUUAUUACGGGAUUACAACAACGCUGGCAUCCCUCGUCACGUUCAUAGUGGUCAGAUACAGUGAUUUAUACAGUCACUUCGGCUUUUACAUUUUAGAAGCUUGUUUCGUCCUAACCGGCUUAGGAAUCCAAGUAUAUCUUCUUCUACUUGUGCGAAGCGAGCUGCUUAAGAUACGCCAUACCAGUCGUCUUUGUUAUGUGAAUCACGCCGCAGAAAUAAUAGUUGAUACUCCUAUACAAAGCGGAAGAAAUCCGUUUUAAAACAUACAGAACUUGACCAAACAGGCUUUCUAACUAAUUCAUAUUUCUGUUGUUUCUUUACUGAAUAGCAGACUUGUUUAUAGCAGAGAUUGCUAGUUUAAAUGUAAAGUAUACUAUAAUAAA